ACUCUCUUUUAAGAAAUAUGAAACGAUUUACCCGUAAAACUACAACCAACACUGGAACUGUGGACAUAAAAUUCGGAGUAAGCAUGCCGCAAAUCUCGACCAAGCCACGCUCUUACAAAUUGGACGAGAUACUAAAUGCUAUUUCGCCCCAUAAUGUUCUAUAUAACACUUUCGUUGGUGAUAUAACACCGCAGACACUUAUCUAUGUAGCCUUUACGUUACUCAUAAUUUACGAAUCCCUGGACACACAAAUCAAAGCUGUUUCGAGCAACAUUGAACCCAGGAAUGGAAAGCAAUCACCAACAGUUCCUGUGCUGCACUACGCCAGCUUUUUGAUUGACAUCUAUUUCUUUUGGUUCAAAAUUGGCUGCUGA